CAUGGAUUCACCAAAUUCGCUGGUCGCUUAGAUGAGCCAUAAGCAUAAAAAUGUCGCUUAAAGUCGCGAAAUCGGAGUGUUUGGACUUCAGUCCACCGCUUGAUUCUCAUUAUAGUCACGACAAAUCCGGUAAGGAAAACAGCACUUCGAUUCCUGUGCUGAGUUUACUUCAGUUUUCUAGAGCUCCUUUCGUGUCGUUCGGGACGAUCAGGUUGGGAUCUUCGAAAUCAUUACCUUUACGAAUUGAAAAUCCAACUGAUGAUGCCACAGCUACAGUCAUCGUGGAUAAAAUCUCAGCAUCCAAGGGUUUUUCGGUGGAUCAGAUGUCGUUUACAAUACAGCCUGAGGACAGCAUUAUUUUAACUGUUACAUGGACACCAGUGGAAGAAGGUGGGGUUCGAGAACUCCUCUGCUUUAUUGCAAAUGGUAUUGUCAAACAUCAAGCAAUAUUGCUUGGGAAAGCAGAGACGACAAAAAAGAAGAAGAAAACCUUAUGGGAUUCAAUUAAAUCCAAGAAGGGAGUAUCGGCACCUUCAAAUAAGAAGAAAGUGUCAACAAUGCCCAUCAAAUCUGUAAAUAAGACGUUUCACGUGUCUCGUCAGUCACAGUACAGAAAAGACAGAACUUCAAACCCAUUGUCCCCAAUAACCCAGAAUGGGUCCAGAAGGGUGAACGCACCAUCCACUACUCCUGAGAUGUCAAAGCCUGCUUUUAUAAUGGAAACUUUUGAUAAUGUACAUUUGCAAAAAAACUCGCCAGUGGUUGUCUUGGUGCCAGCAGAGAGAUUGCUUGAUACACCUGGUAAAAAGGAUGCACCUUCUUCACGUCAAAUAGAGUGCAGAGAAAUCACAAGGGUUUUGAAUAAAACCCUCUCUCCUGCCAGCACCCCGGAGAGGUUUAGAAAUCCAUUGUCGUCAGGCUUUCAGAGUCCACUUCCUGUGAUUGGAAAAUUUGUGCAAGCUAAAAGUCGAGAGCCAGAGAAAUCGUCUCUGUCUGUAAAAGAUGCUCUGGAUGUUAUAGGAUCAGAUCUGUCGCAUGCAGUAAGCCCACCGAAUGCUUGCUCAAGCUUCGAUUUUUCGGAUUCUCUGGAAUCUGACAAACCGGAACCAGAAGCAUCCUUUAGAGCAAGAAGAGUCAUUUUACCACCAGUUGAAACUGCUGACCCAAGGUUGACUUUCUGUGUGAAACCCAACAAAGCCAUAGGCGUUGCAUCAAAUCAAGAUGAAUUUAGGCUUAAAGCUUUACCUUUCAGCACCGCCACAGUGACAAAGUCAAUUAAAGUAGAUGACACCCAUGUCCCAGAUGACCCCAAGAAGUUUUCUGUUAAUUCUGCCACAGUGGUCAAAAGCAAAGCAGAUGCUUCUGUUGAAAGUCCAGGACUGCGUAAAAAGAAAACCUCCAGGCGCAGACUCUUGGAAAAGACAUUGGAGCUUUCAGAGCCUAGUAAUGCAGAAUCCAACACAAGUUCUCCUGACAGCUUCUCUGCUCUACCAGUCAUCAGCUCCGAUUCAAGUCCAGAUCUGCCACUGGAAUCGAAAAUUUGUGUAAUUGCAAAAGAGAAGCCAACUUCAAAUUUAUCCCCUCAUAACCAACUUUUGUCCUCUAUUUCUCCCAUACGACCUCAAGUUUUUCCUUCUGUUAGUAAAAGUCCGUCAAGCAGCUUAGAGCUGUCAGCCAGUCUUUUCUCUGAAAAAGUAAAACCAGGUCGUUUGGAGAAUCAGUUUCCCGUGCAAAGCAGGACAUUUGUGCAAAGUAAAAAAAGAAAAAGCGAUGAGUUUUUGAGAGGUCACUCAGAAGACAAGUCAAACAUCCAAGCAAAAAAGUGCCGGGCUCCGGCGCAAGCAACUGAGAAACCGAGUCAAGAAAGAACACUUACUUCAAGGUCUACAUCUGGACCACAACGAAAAGCUGUUGCACCCCCAGGCUCAAGAAAAUUCACAAGGCCUCCACCAAAGAAAACCUCUCCAAAAACAGCUCAAAAAGAUGCUCGGUCUGUGAAGUCAGCCAAUAGCUCGACUCGAAAGCCUGCGAGGAUAGUAGCUGUGGCACAGGCCAGACUGACCUUUAUGAAGCCGACACAGACGGCCAUUCCAAGGCAUCCAUUGCCAUUUGCGGCAAAGAACAUGUUUUAUGAUGAGCGAUGGAUCGAAAAGCAGGAGCGGGGCUUUACAUGGUGGAUGAAUUACAUUCUCACUCCUGAUGACUUCAAAGUUGCUACUGAAGUUACCAAAGUGAAUGCCUUGUCGUUAACUAUGGGGAAUGACAAAUUCAACAUCCCGAAAGCACCAACAAAAGAAGAGAUGUCUUUUAGAACCUACACAGCACGUCAACGGCUCAACCGCCUUCGGCGAGCAGCUUGCAAGCUUUUUACAUCAGAAGCCAUGGUGAAAGCUAUACAGAGACUAGAGCUGGAAGUAGAAGCCAAGAGACUCCUUGUGCGAAAAGACAGACAUCUCUGGAAGGACAUAGGUGAGCGCCAGAAAGUUCUCAACUGGCUCAUAUCAUACAAUCCACUUUGGCUGCGAAUUGGACUUGAGACAAUCUAUGGAGAGCUAAUAUCACUGGAAAGCAACAAUGAUGUCAUGGGACUGGCCAUGUUUAUUCUUGGGCGUCUUCUGUGGAACCCAGAUAUAGCUGCUGAGUUCAGACACUCUAAAGUGCCACAUUUGUACAGAGAUGGCCACGAGGAGGCGCUCUCUCGCUUUACACUGAAGAAACUAAUCUUGUUGGUCUGCUUUCUGGACAAAGCCAAAGAAUCCAGACUGAUUGAACAUGAUCCUUGUUUGUUUUGCAUGGAUGCUGAAUUUAAGUCAAGCAAAGAUCUGCUGCUGGCUUUCUCACGAGACUUCCUUAGUGGUGAAGGUAUUCUUUCUCGGCACCUCAGCCACUUGGGUCUCGCAGUGUCCCAUGUCCAAACUCCCCUUGAUGAGUUUGACUUUGCCGUGAAGAAACUCGCUGUUGACUUGAAAUGUGGCAUCCGUUUAGUGCGGGUCAUGGAGCUCUUCACUCUGGACUGGACUUUGUCUCGAAAACUACGCAUACCUGCUAUAAGCCGCCUGCAGAAAGUGCAUAAUGUUGAUGUGGCACUGCAGGUUCUGAAAAACAAAGGUGUUGACCUUCGAGAUGAACAUGGAGCAAACAUUGACUCCAGAGACAUUGUGGACGGACAUAGAGAAAAGACCCUAAACCUCCUGUGGAAAAUCAUAUUUGCCUUCCAGGUGGAAGUGCUUCUCGAUGAAAAUCAGCUCAAAGAAGAAAUUAGUUUUCUUAGGAAAACCUGGAGAACAAAACAGAAACUAGCCUCAAUAAUGGCUAACAAUAGUAUUACGGUGUCGAGAAUGAAGGCGAGACAAGCAUUUGAGCAUCCCAGUCAGAAAGUGACGCUUCUUAUGGACUGGGUCAAUGCUGUUUGUGAGUUCUACAGCUUGAAGGCUGAAAACUUCACUGUGUCAUUCUCAGAUGGUCGUAUCCUCUGCUACCUCAUCCAUCAUUAUCAUCCUGGUCAUCUCCAUGCAGAGGAGAUUCAGCAGAGAACCACACAGACCAUCGAAUGUGGUCAUCGGGGCAGAGUUGAGCUUAAUAACUCCUCCAGUGACUCGGACUGCUCUUUCGAAAAUUUGGCCACAAUGCAAUCUGAUUCUGUUACAGUGGACUUCAGAGAGCUGCUUGAGAAUGAGAAAAGUAACUUUCAGUUGGUGAACAUUGCUGUAUCUUACCUUGGAGGGGUGCCUGCUAUGAUAAAUCCAGAGGACAUGUCCAAUACUAUCCCAAAUGAAAAGGUUGUCACUUGUUACCUCUCUUUCCUUUGUGCACGUCUUUUGGAUCUCCGCAAUGAAACAAGAGCAGCUCGAGUCAUUCAGGGUGCAUGGCGGAGAUACAAGCUACAGAAGGACAUUUCGCUUAUACAGGAGAAGAACCUGGCUGCCACAAAAAUCCAAGCACUUGUGCGGAAAUACCUCCUGAAAAGAAGAUUGAUCCGACAGAAUAAGGCUGCCAUUGUGAUCCAAACAUUAUGGAGAGGAUACAGUGCACGGGAAAAGCUGAGAGUGCUGAAAAAAGAGAGACAUUAUGCACUUCAAAAUGCUGCUGCAACCUUAAUUCAGAAAACGUACAAAGCUUGGAGGGUUAAGGAUCUCCUAAAGAAGAACCGUGCCGCCUUUGUGAUCCAGGCAGCUUUCCGUAAGUGGCAUGCAAAGAAAAUGCUGGAAAGAAACACUGCAGCUUUGUGCAUUCAAGCAUGGUACAGAAUGCAGCAGUGUAGAAGACAAUACUUGGAAAUGAAACGGAAAGCAGUCUGCGUUCAAGCAUGGUUUAGAGGGCACCUUCUAAGAUCCAAGUUUCAGAAUUUAAAGAAAAGACAUCAUGCUUCUGUUGUCAUUCAGAGUGCAUUCAGGGCCUACCUUAUCAGGAAAGAGUUAUCUACAAUGAGGCGAAAUGUAGUCUUGAUCCAGAGGUGGUUUCGAGCCUGUGUGCAAAGGAAAGCAGAACAGAAGAGAUAUUUUGAGAUUAAAUCGGCUGUUCUUGUUCUGCAAGCAGCUUUCCGUGGUUGGAAGGUCCGUAAAUCUGUUGCUCAACACCAUCAAUCUGCACUAGUGAUUCAAACUGCUUUUAGGAGAUUUACUGCUCAAAGGCAUUUUUUGAGAUUGAAAAGAUCAGCCAUAGUUCUGCAACAGAGAUACAGAGCUAAAGUGCAUGGAGACAAGUUCCGGAAAGAAUACAUGGCUCUUAAAUCCGCUUCAGUGACAAUUCAAGCAAUGUGGCGAGGACAAGCCGAGAGAAGGAAGAUCAGUCAACUCCACAGAUUUGCCAAAAUCAUUCAGUCAAACUAUCGCCGGCAUCUGGAACAGACAAGGUUUUUGCAAAUGAAACAGGCUGCUGUAGUCAUUCAAAGACAAUACCGAGCCUUCAGAGAUGGACAGAAACUAUACGCAGAAUACACCAAAAUCAAAAGAGCGGCCAUUAUGCUACAGAGUGCGUAUCGUGGAAGGAGAAUAAGACAAGAACUUCAGAGGAAAAACAAAGCUGCAACUUUGAUUCAGUCUGUGAUAAGAGCACAUAUGUGCCGUCAGCAGUUUUUAGCUCAGAAACAUGCUGCUAUUGUCAUUCAGCAGCAGUUUCGGGCUUUUACAUUUGGGCGAUUAGAAAGAAGCCGUUAUAUGCAAUUGAGGAAGGCAACUAUAACCAUGCAGGCCAUGUAUCGGGGUUCCAAAGUAAGGCAGAAUUUGAAAAGAGAACAUCAAGCUGCUACUGUUAUUCAAGCCCAAUUCCGAAUGCAUAAGGUCCGCAUUCCUUUUGUUGCCGCAAAGUGUGCAGCGAUCCUUAUACAGCAGCAUUACAGAGCCUACAAGGUUUGCAAAACUGUGCAAGCUACUUAUUUACGAAUGAAAAAUGCGGCCGUAGUUAUUCAAUCAGCAUUCAGGGGGAUGAAAGUUCGCAACUCCUUACGAAAAUCUCACCAAGCUGCAAAAGUGAUUCAGGCACAUUUCCGUGGACAUUCCCAACUCAAAAAGUACCAGAGACAACAGUGGGCUGCAUCAGUUUUACAGCAACGAUUCAAAGCAACGGUGACCAAAAAUGCUGUCAUGAAGCAAUAUGCAGCCAUAAAAACUGCUACGAUAAGUAUUCAGUCUGCUUUCCGUGGAAUGGUGGUAAGAAAGCAGAUCGCAGAAAAGCACAAACAUGCAAAAAUUAUCCAAAAGAUGUAUAGAGCAUACAAACAACGACAUGAUUACCUUGCUCUCAGGAAUGCCACAAUCCGUAUUCAGCAACAAUACAGAGCAGUUGUAAGUGCAAGGCAACAGCAUCAAAGGUAUUGCUCCUUGCGAGCAGCUGCCAUCACUUUGCAGUCUUCUUACCGAGGGUUGAGGGCAAGAAAAGAAAUCAAUAGAAAGCAUAAAGCAGCCACUGUGAUUCAGGCUGCUUACAAAAUGUACAGAACAAGAGUACCUUUCCAAGCCAUGAAACUGGCUUCAUUGGUAAUACAGAGGCAGUAUAGGUGCCAUUUACUGAGGAAAGAGGCAAGAGAGAACUUCUUAAAGCUAAAGCAUAGUGCAGUAGCAAUUCAAGCUAUAUACAGAGGAAAACUUGCACGCCGUGAUCUUGCUAGAAGGCAUUUUUCAGCUACAAUCAUUCAAAGAAAAUAUCUUGCCUACAAACAAAGGAAGUGUUUUUUGACCCUUAAAGCUGCUGUUAUAUUCUAUCAACAACACUAUCGAUCCAUUUUGCUUGCAAGGCAUGACCGGAAAAGUUAUUUGACUAAACGCAGAGCUGUGGUAGCAAUCCAGGCAAGUUUCAGAGGAAUAAAUGUUCGGCGCAAGAUCCGAAGAUUGCACAAAGCUGCAACGAUCAUUCAGUCCCAUGUGAGAAUGCGCAUCCUCAGCUUGCGCUUCCAGCGACUUCGAUGGGCAGUCUGUACUGUUCAGGAGCGUUUCAGAGCUAACAAAAUCAUGAGGCAAGAGAUGGCAGCACUACAGGAAAAGAAAAGUGCAGCUUUGAUUCUGCAAGCAGCCUAUCGUGGCAUAAAGACCAGACAGACGUUGAAGCAAAUGCACCAGGCUGCAACAAUCAUUCAGUCCCAUGUGAGAAUGCGCAUUCUCAACUUGCGCUUCCAGCGACUUCAAUGGGCAGUCUGUACUGUUCAACAACGUUUCAGAGCUAACAAAAUCAUGAGGCAAGAGGUGGCAGCACUACAGGAAAAAAAGAGUGCAGCUUUGAUUCUGCAAGCAGCCUAUCGUGGCAUGAAGACCAGACAGACAUUGAAGCAAAUGCACCAUGCUGCAACAAUUAUUCAGUCUCAUGUGAGAAAACACAUCCUUAAGUUGCGCUUCCAGCGACUUCGAUUGGCAGUUUGUACUGUUCAGCGCCGUUUCAAAGCUAACACAAUCAUGAGGCUGGAGAUGGCAGCACUACAGGAAAAGAAAAGUGCUGCUUUGAUUCUGCAAGCAGCCUAUCGUGGCAUGAAGACCAGAAAGACUUUGAAGCAAAUGCACCAGGCUGCCACCAUUGUUCAGGCAACUUUCCGAGCUUAUAGUGGACAUAAGCGGUAUUUAGCCAUGAAAUGUGCUGCCAUUGCUAUUCAGCAAAGAUAUCGGGCUGUAAAUGCAGCAAAGCAGCAGAGAAAGAAUUAUCUUGAAAUGCGUCAAGGUGCACUUGUUCUACAAGCAUGCUAUAGAGGUGGUAAAGUUAGGAGGAAACUGCAACAACAGCGCCAAGCCGCUAUCUUGAUUCAAUCAUAUUUUAGAAGACACAAAGAGAUGGUUAAGUACCAGGCCAUGAAGCUGUCCGCUGUCAUUAUCCAGAGCCAUUUCAGGUCAUACAUCCUGGCUAGAGCAGAUCGGAAGAACUAUCUACAUUUGAAAAAAUCUGCUAUCGUCAUUCAAGCAGCUUUUAAAGGACAGUCUCUCAGGAAACAUUUAGCAAGAAAGCAAGAAGCUUCUAUUAUCAUACAGGCUGGCUUCCGCAUGUACCAGCAAAGGUCAGCAUUUAAAAGACAGCGCUGGGCAGCCAGGGUUCUCCAGCAGAGGUUUAGAGCUUUAAAACUUCGAGAUGAGCAAGUGUGUCAUUACCAACAGGUAAGGAAUGCUGCUAUAUGCCUGCAGAGGUAUUUCAGAGGGAUGAAGGGGAGAGAAUUGGCUAGACGAAGCAAAGCUGCGAGAACUAUCCAGUCCUUCCUAAGAAUGUCUGUCCAACGACAGCGUUUCAUGAAAGAAAAGGCUGCAGCAAUUGCAAUUCAAUCUGCCUACAGAGGUCAUUGUGUUAGAGUUCAGUAUACUAGGAUGCAAGCAAGUACAGUGCUCAUCCAGAAGUGGUACAGAUCACGCAAACUGGUCCAGGAGGAUCGGAAGAGAUUUGUUUCUGUUAGACAAGCUGCACUUACUUUGCAGUCUGCCUUGAGGGGAAUGCUGGUGAGGAGACUAGCAAAAAGAAGAAGGGCAGCAAUCAAGAUUCAGUCUGUGAUGCGCAUGCACAUACAACGCAAGCGCUAUGUAACGCUUCGUGCCAUCGUCCUGAAAUUGCAAGCUCAUUAUAGAAUGUUUGUGACCAAAAGAAGAUACCGUCGAUUGCAGGCUGCAACUGUUACUCUUCAAAGACAUUACAGAUCUCAUAGGGCUACACUGGAGCAGAGGUGCAGUUAUCUGAAGACUCUCCAAAAUGUAAAAAAACUUCAGGCCAGAGUACGUGGACACAUUGGGUACAAGCGAUUUCAGAGGUUGAGAACAUGUGCUCUCACCAUUCAGGCAUAUUAUCGAGGGAUGGUUGAGAGACGCAGGUUUCAACAACUUAAGGAGUGUACAUUGGUUAUACAGAAGCAUUACAGAGCUUUCAUUCUUUUCCAGAAAGAGCGUUCAAAGUUUCUUCAGCUGCGACAAUCGGCUGUUGUGAUACAAAGAGCAUAUCGAGCUUAUCAAAUGAGACAAAAUGCAAUGAAAGCACGGGCUACACUGAAAAUUCAGGCUUGGUUCAGAGGACGCCUUGCUAGACGAAACUACAUCUUAACACAAGCCGCUAUUGCCACCAUUCGAAGAUGUGUCCAAGCUAGACGCCAACGCUCAAAAUUUCUAGCAGUCCAGCACAGUGUCCGAGUGAUUCAGCAAAAGUGGAGGGAAACUCUCAACUCAAGAAAACGGCAUGCUGAGUUCCUAAGGUUGAGAAAGUCUGUUAUAUACAUCCAGGCAUUAUGGAGAGGUCGGAGGCUGAGAGAUUCCAUUCAAAAGCAAAUAACAGCUUCUGUGAAGAUACAGUCAGCUUUCAGAGGCUUCAUUCAAAGACGACACUAUCACCAGAAGAGAGAUGCUGCCAUAACCUUACAGAGGCAUUUCAGAGUCUUGCGACUUGCUAGGGUGAAGGAAGAAAAUCUAAGACUACGGCACAAUGCGGCAAUUUAUAUUCAGGCUUUGUGUCGUGGUUGGCUUGCAAGACAACAGGUAAAAGAAAUGGCUUUUGCUGCAAGACGCCUUCGUUUCACAGCUGCUGUUUACCAUCAUCUAUCCGCAAUAAAGAUCCAGAGAGCUGUGCGUGCACACUGGGCCCUUAAAUCAGCCAAGAGGAAGAUCUCAUCUGUCCUAUACAUCCAGCAAUGUUUUAGGGCAAAACUGCAGAGAAAGAAGUAUCUAAAAGACAGAGAAGACGUCAUCAAGACCCAGAGAGCAGUGAGAUCUUGGUUAAAUCGCCGCAACCAGGCUGCCUCUAUAAUCCAGCAUGCAGUCAGGAAGCUGCUUUUUAGACGUCGCAAAGAGAGACUACAACGUGGUAUAAUUAGGGCACAGGCACUCUGGAGGGGUCAUUGUUCAAGAAAACAUCAUGAUACGAACAAAGUAAUUUCCAUGCGGCAGCGUCUCAGAGAAGUAAAUCAAAGGGUGAAAGAAGAGGACAAGCUGUGUAACAAGACCACAACAGCGCUGAGCUACCUGCUUGGACUACAAAAUUAUGCUUUCAUUCUUGCAGCCUUAAAACACUUGGAAACUGCCACCCGGCUUUCUCCAGAGUGUUGUGAACGUCUUGUGGAAAGUGGAGCGACGCACACCAUUUUCACUUUGAUAAGGAGCUGCAACCGAAGUGUGCCUUCAAUGGAGAUCAUCACAUUAUCCAUCCAAGUCCUCCUCAACUUAUCAAAAUACCACAGAACCAUUGAUGCAGUUUAUGAUGUGGACAACUCUGUAGAAACCCUGCUGGAUCUUCUGCAGAUUUACAGAGAGAAAGCUGGAGAUAAGGUUGCAGAUAAAGGCGGCAGCAUCUUCACCAAGACCUGCUUUCUUUUGGUUCUUUUAGUCCAGGAUGAGAGAAGAGCAAUGGAGAUUCGAAGGCUUCCAAAGGUUACGGAUCGCAUUCGCAGCAUCUACCGACUCACUCUUCGAAAAUGUAAGAUGGAUGCUGAGAGAAACAAAGUCAAACAGAAAAUGAACACGUCUCUUAAUGGAAGUUUCCUUCUCCAGGCCACUCCUCGAAAAUCAAAACCAGUGGCCAGGUUUGCUCCAGACUGGGUUUUACGGCGUGACAAAAUGAAGGACAUCGUGGAUCCUCUCCGUGCUAUUCAGAUACUGGCUAAUGCUCUCGCUAUUGUGCCUUGAAAAUAUUGCAGCUAAAAAAAAUUAUAAACCUGUGUGCUGCCAAAGUGUUUUAUUGCUUCUAGAAAGUGUGUUAGACUUGUAAAUAUUGUGCAGUUUUCGCAUUGUGUAUAUGUUUUUAUUACAUUAUCACUCAAAUGUUGUGGACGAAUGCUAUCUGUGCAUAUUAUGGUGUGUUCUGAGAUGCUCAUGUUAGCUCUUAUAUGCUGUAAAUACAAAAGUGCUUUUUACGCAUUUUAAUUGAACAUUAAAAAUAACCACAGCUUUUCCAAUGUA